GAGGUGUAAGCAGAGAGCUACGCUGAUGAGGUGCAAAGAAACAGGAUAAUUAAAGAUGCAAGUCCUUCUUCUUCAACCCUGUAAGUCUCUCACUCUCUUCAGCUAUUCACUACCAUCCAAUACUAACAGCUUAGUUAUCACACAUAAGAGGAGCAUAGUCCAUCAUAACAAGUGUGCAAAACCCCCCUGUUUUCACUCAUUUCGUAGUCUUGGGACACUUAAAGCCAUUUUUUUGUCUAAGAAUUCCCAACUUUGGAAAAGUUCCCUCGUUACAUUAUGCUCCCAAAAUGAUGUCUUUGAUGAUUUUUCGAGUACCCAACUGCCUGAAAAGGAACGGGAUGAUAGAAUUCAAGUGAAUGAGGAGCUUGAAUUGUUAAAUAAGCCAUCUCCAGUGAUUUUUAAUAAUGGUUUGGAUGUAGAAGCUGAUAAAGAAUCUGAGAAACCUGGUAAAGAUGAGGCCUUGGCGCCUUUUUUGAAGUUCUUCAAGUCUAAUGAUUCAUUGGAUGAAGUGAGUGAGGGUGAGCGUGAUUUAGGUGUUGUAGAGGAGAGAAGUGGUGUAGAUAAUGAAGACAAGGAGGCUAGGAAGAUUAAUGUGGACUAUUAUGAGCCAAAACCUGGUGAUUUUGUGGUUGGAGUUGUGGUUUCUGGCAAUGAGAAUAAACUUGAUGUGAAUAUUGGGGCAGACUUGUUGGGUACAAUGCUAACAAAGGAGGUGCUGCCUUUGUAUGACAAAGAGAUGGAAUUUUUGUUGUGCGAUACAAAGAAGGAUGUCAAGGAGUUCAUGGUUAAAGGGAAGAUGGGGAUUGUUAAGGACGAGGUUGCAAUGAGUCCAGGCCCCCCAGGGUUAGGGAAGCCGGUUGUGGAGAUAGGAACAGUGCUGUUUUCAGAGGUUCUUGGAAGGACGCUUAGUGGAAGGCCAUUACUUUCUACCAGACGGCUUUUCCGGCGGUUAGCUUGGCAACGAGUGAGGCAGAUCAAAGAUUUGAAUGAACCUAUUGAGAUUAAAAUUUCAGAAUGGAAUACCGGGGGCCUACUUACGAGAAUUGAGGGAUUGCGAGCUUUCCUUCCAAAGGCUGAGUUAAUGAACAGAGUGAACAAUUUUAAGGAGUUGAAAGAAAAUGUGGGUCGCCGAAUAUACGUGCUGAUUAAACGAAUAAAUGAGUCAAAUAAUGAGUUAAUACUCAGUGAAAGGGAAGCUUGGGAAAUGAUAAACCUCCGAGAGGGAACCCUUCUUGAAGGAACUGUUAAGAAACUUUUUCCAUACGGAGCCCAAGUAAGAAUAGGUGAAACUAACCGUAGUGGGCUGCUGCAUGUCUCAAACAUAACUAGGACUCGCAUUUCAUCUGUCAGUGACUUGCUUAAAGUUGACGAAAAGGUUAAAGUCCUUGUUGCAAAGUCAAUGUUUCCUGACAAAAUAUCUCUCAGUAUUGCUGACCUUGAAAGUGAGCCUGGUCUGUUCGUAUCAAACAAAGAGAAAGUGUUUGCUGAGGCAGAAGAGAUGGCAAAGAAGUAUCGGCAAAAGCUUCCAGCCAGUUCAACAAAUUUGAAGCCAGAAAUCCCACCAAGCAAGAAUGCCCUAUCUUCUGACACUGAGGCAACAUUAUAUGCAAACUGGAAGUGGUUCAAAUUUGAAAAGGAGUGAAAGAAGCCGGAUUAAUUUUGAACUUCUGUACCAUCCAACCAGAACAUGGAGGACUUGGGCCCGGCUCUUCUCUCACCCUAAACUUAAACACGGCUCAUCAUGGCAAAAGGGAAGAACUCUUAUCAGGCCAUUAUUCUCUACGGGCACCGCAAAAUAAUUUUUUGUGGCUUGUGACUUUUUUGUUUCUGAUUCAAAAUCAGAUUGGAAGGUCCACGACGUCAGCAUACGGCGAUCACAGCAUGGAAGCGCGUAGUUCUGUCCAAUAUGUAACAUGCAUCUAAUCGUCCUUUUCAUAAUUUUUUAGUACCAUACGGUUUUAUUCUUCUACAAUAAAUUAUCAUAUUCAUUCA